AUGCUGAUGGAAAUGGGCUUGAUCUCCUUCAGUGCAGUGGAGAUGGGAGUGCCAAUCCGUUCGCGUGCAUCAUCCAUAUUUCUCACUGAUGCCUUUCUCUGGCCAGCGGACAGAGGGCAUGGGAUGGUGUUGUGCAUGUCCAGCGGCGGGAGGAAGGAGGAGCUGGCAUCAGGGAGCACGACGACAGCAGGGAAGUCAAUGCCGCGGCAUGCCGAAAGCCAAAGGAAUGCGCCGCCUUCACGCACGCGCCCUCCACCCCACAGCCGCCAUGGAACCGUCGCGCCCCCGUGCCACAAGGGCCGGCUCCCUCAGCUUCGUUGCCGCGCCUUGCACGCAGCGCCGUCUCCCUGGCCGCCUGUUGCAUUCGGUGCCGCCGCCGAUGGUCGAGGGAGGAAAGGGACCCUGCCGCCACCGACGAAGGCCGAGCCCGCUGCGUCCCGUGCCGCUGCCGCUACUCGAUGGAGGAGAGGGACCACGCCGCCCGUCGACAUAGGUUGA